GUAGACGUAGAGAUUUUUUUUUGGAAGUACAUUGACUUGCGCACUAGCUGCCAGGGUGUAGUCGGAUAUAGUUGCUUUUCUCCAAAACUUUUUUUCUCCAUGGCGCUGGUUACAAAGCUCUAAUAAAGUGAAGGUUUGCAGGAGAGAAGUCGCGAGGAGGUUAAAAGCCGCAACUAUUAUCGCUUUUCCGGAGGUGAAGCGACUACCACCAUUUUCCGCAUGAGUUUAUUUAUAAAGCCACAAACUCGGUAGCUGGCGAGUUACCGCAAACUUUUUUGAAAGACUGCGAGGAUUUAAGGGAUCAAGACAGUGACGGUAGCAACUCGAGGUCGCAAUAGCAAAAGGACACAAUGUCGCUUAUUAGCUGUUUGUUGUUAUGGACUUUGUGGGCAGCGUGCAGUCACGGAGCGAUGGAUGAAUGUAUAGACGAGAUUGAUCGGCCUCAGCGCUGCAUGCCGGAGUUCGUUAACGCCGCUUUCAAUGUGACCGUGGUGGCCACCAACACUUGCGGGUCGCCGCCUGAAGAGUUCUGCGUACAGACCGGGGUUACGGGAGUCACUAAAUCAUGCCACAUUUGCAAUGCUGGGGACCCCAGACUGCACCACGGCGCUGUUUAUCUCACCGAUUACAACCAGCCAGUGCAACCAACCUGGUGGCAAAGCCAGACUAUGUUAGCUGGCAUCCAGUACCCGAACUCCAUCAACCUGACCCUUCACCUGGGCAAAUCUUUCGACAUCACCUAUGUGCGUUUGAAGUUCCACACCAGCCGUCCUGAGAGUUUUGCCAUCUACAAGCGCACCAGUGAAGACGGGCCUUGGACCCCCUACCAAUACUACAGUGGCUCGUGUGAGAAAACCUACAGCAAAAACAACCGUGGCUUCAUCCGCACGGGCGAGGACGAGCAGCAGGCUCUCUGUACGGAUGAGUUUAGCGACAUCUCACCACUCUAUGGAGGAAACGUGGCUUUCUCUACGCUCGAGGGCCGACCCAGUGCAUAUAACUUCGACAACAGCCCUGUACUGCAGGAUUGGGUAACUGCCACAGAUAUCAGAGUGACCCUGAACCGAUUAAACACUUUUGGAGAUGAAGUAUUCAACGAUCCCAAAGUCCUCAAAUCCUACUACUACGCCAUCUCAGAUUUUGCUGUGGGAGGAAGGUGCAAGUGUAACGGCCAUGCCAGCGAGUGUGUGAAGAACGAGUACAGCAAGCUGGUGUGUCACUGCAAACACAACACAGAAGGAGCCGACUGCAAUGUGUGCAAGCCCUUCUAUAAUGACCGUCCCUGGAGAAGAGCCACCGCUGAAAACCCCAAUGAGUGUCUGCCUUGUAACUGUAAUGGAAAGAGCGCUGAAUGUUACUUCGACCCUGAGCUGUAUCGUGCCACUGGUCAUGGAGGUCACUGCCGCAACUGUGCUGACAAUACAGAUGGGCCGAAGUGUGAGCGAUGCCUGGCCAACUACUACAGAGAGGCCUCCGGUCAGCGCUGUUUGUCCUGCGGCUGCAACCCUGUUGGUUCUCUCAGCACUCAGUGUGAUAACACUGGCAGAUGCAGCUGUAAGCCAGGAGUAAUGGGAGACAAGUGUGACAGAUGCCAACCUGGAUACCACUCGCUCUCUGAGGCGGGAUGCAGACCGUGCUCUUGUAAUCCAGCCGGAAGCACGCAGGAGUGUGAUGUCCAGACCGGACGAUGCCAGUGCAAAGAAAAUGUGGACGGAUUCAACUGUGACCGGUGUAAACUGGGCUAUUUUAAUAUGGAACUCCAGAAUCCUCAGGGCUGCACUCCAUGCUUCUGCUUCCAGCAUUCGACAGUGUGUGAGAGCGCAGACGGCUACAGUGUGCACAAAAUCACCUCCACCUUCGACAGGGAUGAUGAGGGCUGGAAGGGUAAACAGAGAGAUGACUCCAGUGUACCUGUACAGUGGUCACCCAGUUCUGGAGAGAUCUCACUCAUCUCAGAAGAUUACUUCCCCAUCUACUUUGUGGCUCCAGAUAAAUUUCUGCACAAUCAGCUGUUGAGUUAUGGUCAGAACCUCACGCUGAACUUCAGGAUUCAGCGUCAUGACGCUCGCCUCUCAGCAGAGGACGUUGUGCUGGAGGGCUCAGGGCUUCGUGUUGCUGUGCCUCUUAUUGCCCAGGGUAAUUCCUACCCAGGAGAGGAGACCCAAACCUUUGUGUUCAGACUACAUGACACAACUGACUACCCAUGGAGACCCACCAUAAAGCAUGCAGACUUCCAGAAACUUCUCUACAAUCUGACUUCAAUCAUGAUCCGUGGAACCUACAGCACACAAAGUGCUGGUUAUUUGGAUAACGUGUCUCUGGUGACUGCCCGCCGGGGCCCUGGCACUCCAGCCCGCUGGGUUGAGAAAUGCACGUGUCCGCAGGGUUAUUUGGGUCAGCAUUGUGAGCAGUGUGAUCAGGGAUUCAGGAGGAGCCGGCCGGAGCUGCGGCGCUUCAGCAACUGCGAGCGCUGCAACUGCAAUGGACACAGCGACACAUGUGACCCUGAGACAGGAAUGUGUAAUUGCCAGCACAACACCGCAGGUCUGAGCUGUGAGAGGUGUAAAGACGGUUUCUACGGUGAUUCAACAGUGGGCUCUCCUUCAGACUGUAAACCCUGUCCCUGCCCUGCCGGUGCUACCUGUGCUGUGGUGCCCAAGACCAAUGAGGUGGUCUGUACCAACUGCCCGACUGGAACCACAGGUAAGCGAUGUGAGCUGUGUGAUGAUGGUUUCUUUGGAGAUCCUCUGGGUGAGAAAGGUCCAGUAAGAGCGUGUCGAGCCUGCAGCUGCAACAACAACAUCGACCCGAACGCUGUGGGCAACUGUAACCGAGAGUCGGGCGAAUGCCUCAAGUGCAUCUACAACACCGCUGGUGUCUUCUGCGACCGCUGCAAGCAGGGCUUCUACGGUGAUGCCCGCGCUGCUAAUGUAGCCGACAAAUGCAAACCAUGCACGUGUUCUCCACAUGGUACAGUAGACCGACAGAAAGCCUGUUCUCAGGUGACGGGUCAGUGUCCGUGUCUUCCUCACGUCAUUAACAGAGACUGUGGCGCUUGUGAACUGGGUUUCUACAACCUGCAGAGUGGAAAGGGCUGUGAACGAUGCAACUGCAACCCUAUUGGUUCCACAAAUGGUCAGUGUGACAUCGUCAGCGGUCAGUGCGAGUGUCAGCCUGGGGUCACCGGCCAACACUGCGAACGCUGCGAGGUCAACUUCUUCGGAUUCAGUUCGUCGGGUUGCAAACCGUGUGACUGUGACCCCGAAGGCUCAGAAUCGGCUCAGUGUAAGGAGGAUGGCCGCUGUCAUUGUCGGCCAGGCUUUGUGGGCUCUCGCUGUGAUAUGUGUGAGGAGAACUACUUCUACAACCGCUCAACACCAGGCUGCCAGCAGUGCCCUAACUGUUACAGCCUGGUCAGAGACAAGGUGAACCAGCAGAGACAAAAACUGCUUGACCUGCAGAAUUUGAUUGAUAGUCUGGACAACACUGAGACAACAGUGAGCGACAAGGCCUUUGAGGACAGACUGAAGGAGGCAGAGAAAACUAUAUUGGAGUUGCUGGAAGAGGCUCAGGCUAGCAAAGAAGUGGAUAAAGGUCUUUUGGACCGUCUAAACAACAUCAACAAGACCCUGAAUAAUCAGUGGAACAGACUGCAGAACAUCAAGAACACAGUAGACAACACAGGAGCACAGGCGGACCGAGCACGAAACAGGGUUCGUGAUGCAGAAAACCUGAUCAACACCGCCAGAGAGGAGCUGGACAAAGCCAAAGAAGCCAUCAGUAAAGUGGACAUUAAAAUACCCACAACCUCUGGAGAUCCAAACAAUAUGACGCUUCUGGCAGAGGAAGCCCGUAAACUGUCAGAAAAACAUAAAGCAGAUGCAGAUCAGAUUGAGAAGAUCGCGAAAGAUGCCAAUGACACUUCCACUAAAGCCUAUAAUAUGCUGAAGAAAGCACUCGAUGGAGAGAACAAGACAAGCAGUGACAUUGAUGAACUCAACAGGAAGUAUUUGGAAGCGAAGGAUCUGGCCAAAAAUCUGGAGAAGCAGGCAGCUAAAGUUCAUGCUGAAGCAGAAGAGGCUGGAAACAAAGCUCUGAAGAUCUAUGCUAACUUGACCAGCUUACCUCCAAUCAACACCAAAACAUUAGAGGAUGAUGCCAAUAAGAUUAAAAAAGAGGCAUCAGACUUGGACAAACUGAUAGACAAGACUGAGAAAGAGUACAAUGACCUGAGAGAAGACCUGAGAGGAAAAGAGACGGAGGUCCGCAAACUGCUGGACAAAGGAAAGACUGAGCAACAGACGGCUGAUCAGUUGCUGGCACGUGCAGACGCAGCAAAGGCUUUGGCUGAGGAGGCGGCAAAAAAAGGCAAAUCUACUUUCCAAGAGGCUCAGGAUAUUCUGAACAACCUCAGAGAUUUCGACAAGAGAGUGAAUGACAACAAAACUGCUGCUGAAGAUGCCAUGAGGCGAAUCCCACAAAUCAAUGCAACAAUCAAUGAAGCCAAUGAUAAAACCAGACGGGCUGAAGCAGCUUUAGGCAACGCAGCUGCUGAUGCUAAAGAUGCUAAAGCAAAGGCAGAAGAAGCUGAGAAAAUCGCUAAUGAUGUGCAGAAGGGUUCUGCAAAGACUAAGGCAGAUGCAGAAAAGGCUUUUGAAGACACCAUGAAACUGGAUAAAGACGUAGACAAAAUGAUGGACCAGCUCACAGCAGCGGAGAAAGAGCUGGAGAAAAAGAAAGCAGAGGCGGACGCUGACAUGAUGAUGGCAUCUAUGGCAUCAGACAAUGCUAAAGAAGCAGAGGGCAAUGCCAGAAAAGCCAAAAGUGCUGUCCGAGAAGUGCUCAACACAAUCAAUGCACUGCUAGGCCAACUCGGUAACAUCGAUAAGGUGGAUCUGAGCAAGCUGAAUCAGAUCGACAACGCUCUCAAAGAUGCUAAGGACAAAAUGGCGGGAAGUGAGCUGGACAGGAAGCUGAAGGAGCUGAACGACAUCGCCAAGAGUCAGGAGGACAUGAUCAGCGACUACGACCGACAGAUCCAGGAGAUUCGAGCAGACAUUGCCAACCUGAACGACAUCAAGAACACUCUGCCCGAGGGCUGCUUCAACACGCCGUCUCUAGAGCGGCCAUAACCUCCAACACCAACCUAACCUAACCUCCAAUCCACAGCGCUACGUCUGCCUUACACUCCACCAAAACGGCCUUUCCCAGUCUUGCCUUUCGUUUCCUUUUACUAGCUUAUCGUUCGUAUUUCUACACGUUUCUUGGAAAUCAUCUUUUACAAACGGAAGACAAAAGCAGCUUUUAAUUGUGAUAUGCAGAAAUGCUACGUGAAGAGAAAUCCAAGUAAUGACGCUCACCAGACGUGUGUGUGUUUGUGUGCGUUUGUGUAUGUAUGUGUGUGCGUGUUUGCGUUGUAGCAAGAGGUAAGAGGCCACAUGACUGCACCACCUCCAGCUCUUCUUCUCAAACCUUUACAACACAAUCUGAAUGAUAGCAAAGCGUUUGUUUGAGGAAGUUUGCUACUUAAGCUAGUGUAUAUCAUCAUCAUCAUCAGUAACGCUAUUCGCUCAAAGCUAACAGUGAAGGAUUCUUAAUUUGCUCUACUUUCGGCCCUCGUGCUAAAGUGUCACGUACAUACAGUAUUUCAGUUCAUGUAUAUAUGAAUAGCUCAACGCGGAGAAUGAAAGUCCCUGCAUGGAGCGCGACAUUUCAGUUCUGCGUUGUUAUUUUUCAGACGCUGCUGCUGCUUUAUUAAAGGUGUCCUGCGAUUCGCAUUAACACGAGCAAAACUCAACACUAUGCAACUUUGUACAUUGGCGUAGCAAGACUUUUAUCUGAUACACUGGUGCUAAUAAUUAUUUCAAAUGUUAUAUUUUUGUGUGAAUGUUAUUUUUUUUUCUUCAUUUUUUAUUAUUAUUAUAAUAUAGAGUUGAGGAACUGUUAUUUGUGUAAAUAUGCUUAAAUGAUUCAGGAAUGGCUGAUUUUUUAUUUUUUAUUGCUUAUUUUUUAACUCAAGACCCAACCAACCACCUCACCGGUUCACAAAAUGAAAAAUCAGCCAAAAUUUCUUGCAUAAUACAUACAU